AUGGCCGACUUCGAGGAUCGGGUGUUGGAUGAGGAGAAGGUACGCAUAGCUGCUAAAUUCAUCACUCACGCACCUCCAGGGGAAUUUAAUGAAGUAUUCAAUGAUGUCAGGCUACUACUCAACAAUGACAAUCUCCUCAGGGAAGGAGCAGCACAUGCAUUUGCCCAAUAUAACAUGGAUCAGUUCACACCUGUGAAGAUAGAAGGAUAUGAAGAUCAGGUCUUAAUUACAGAGCAUGGUGACCUGGGUAAUAGCAAAUUUUUAGAUCCAAGAAACAAAAUUUCCUUUAAGUUUGAUCACUUACGGAAAGAAGCAAGUGACCCUCAACCAGAGGAAAUAGAUGGAGGUUUGAAGUCUUGGAGAGAAUCCUGUGACAAUGCUUUAAGAGCCUAUGUGAAAGAUCAUUAUUCCAACGGCUUCUGUACUGUUUAUGCUAAAACUAUAGAUGGGCAACAGACCAUUAUUGCAUGUAUUGAAAGCCACCAGUUUCAGCCUAAAAACUUCUGGAAUGGUCGUUGGAGAUCAGAGUGGAAGUUCACUAUUACACCACCUACAGCUCAGGUGAUUGGAGUGCUCAAGAUUCAGGUUCACUAUUAUGAAGAUGGCAAUGUUCAGUUGGUUACUCUUAAAGAUGUACAAGAUUUAGUAACUGUUUCGAAUGAAGUACAAACUGCCAAGGAGUUUAUUAAAAUCAUAGAGAGUGCAGAAAAUGAGUAUCAGACUGCAGUUAGUGAAAACUACCAAACAAUGUCAGAUACCACAUUCAAGGCCUUGCGCCGGCAGCUUACGGUUACCUGCAUCAAAAUCGACUGGAACAAGAUACUGAGCUACAAGAUUGGUAAAGAAAUGCAGAAUGCAUAA